GAAAUACUCGCACAUAUGAAUGACACCCGUGCUAACAAGGCUGGACCUAUAGAAUCGUGUUGGAGCAUAAUGGAUGCUGAAGGAGUCGAAUCCUCUACUGCCGAGAAACAUAAAGCCAUUAAACAGCAGCUGGUGCUCCUCCUUCACGCCUACAAGUGUCAGAGAACUGCUGAUGGAGGCUCACAGUGUGCAUUGCCACAUUGCAUGGUGAUGAAGGACGUACUGAACCAUUUGCAAAUUUGUGAAGCGGGCAAGUCAUGUGCUGUGCCGCACUGCUCUUCAUCGAGGCAGAUCAUCGCUCACUGGAAGAACUGUACGCGCUCCGACUGUUCUGUCUGCUCAUUUCUAAUACGAGAGGGAGUCAAGAACACUGGCAAUAAUUAUUUUGCGGCGCUUGACGCACCAGAACCGGAAGUGCAACUGUCACCGCCUCGCCCAGGGAUGAUCCAUCUGACAGCGACGCCGAUCCCAUUCAUUAAACAGUGGCAGCAGUCUUUGAAAUCCGAUCUCAGAGACUACUUCGUAAAAAAAACGUUUGAACGAAUAUUUCCUAUCGCAGAUCCUCAGGCAAUGAUGGAUAGCCGUAUGCACAAUUUCGUUGUUUUUGCUCGUAGAGUUGAAUUAGUUAUUUUCCAGUUAGCAGACUCAAAGUCGGAGUACUGUCAUCUAAUGGCACAAAAAAUCAUCAUGAUCAGAGGAGAAAUGGAGAAGAAAAGGCAGGACCAACUGCAAGAGCAGCAGCAGCAGCAGCAGUUGGCGCAGGCGCAAGGUGACGAGGCAGCAUCCAUCCCACCAGAGAUGUCCCUCGACGAACUUACUGACUUACUCAACCGGUGCUUGAUCCAGAAUUGAAACCCAAGUUUGAACUAAACUCUCCUAUCAUUUUCACGUUUUUAACCUUGUGAAUUAUAAAAUAUAAUUAUGAAUAAUCAUAAUAAUGAUUAUCAUAAAAAUUAAUCAUAAAAAUCAUAAUAAUGAAUUUUAAAGAUUGAGAUUAAAUACAGAGUGAUUAUAAAAGGACUUUACAACUUUGAAAGCGCAUCAGAUUUCACAUUUAAAUCUGUAUUGAAAUUACUUACAGAAUUGAGAAAGGUUUCAUUUUGUUACAAAACACUUCAAGUUUAAGGUGUACCGUAGGUGUUAUUUUGGUCCGAUGUGACAGCCGUUGUAAUACAAUACAACAUACAUCCCACCGAUAAUCGAAUUCUUGCCACUCUCUUACCAGCAUAUAUCAGGCGUAACUUGUGCAACCACAGCGAUCUGUUUGUGAUCCGAUUUCGGAGGUCCUUAAGAUUGUCUGGUAGAGGUGGCACAAGAAUCUUAUCCAUGAUGAAACCCCACAGAAAGAAAUCCGUCGGUGUUAAAUUUGGUGAGCAAGGUGGCCAUUGGCCCUGAACAGCCAAUCCGCGAAGUUGAAAGCGAAUGUAUAGAGAAUCCGAAAGCUCUCCAUGGAAUUGAGAUGGUGCACCAUCAUGCUGAAGGAAAAGGGCACUUGUUCAUCUUGUUCAGCAUGACGGUCCACCACCUUAUUUCCUCGGAGAAGUUUGGGAUUUUCUUUGCCACGCCAGUGUGAAUUGUGCCUUACAUCAAAAUAAAGAAAAACAUAUCAGUAAACAUGGUUCCGAAAAUGCUCUGUUUGUUACCGAGAUAAUGAUGGUGGAAGAUUUCAAAUUUUCUUCAAAUCAUCAAUUUUAUAAUUUUGUGGCGGCCUCAUGAGGGUACUUAAGUGGUCAUUUCUUAUGUAAAAUUAGCGGAGAAAUCCAAUGGAACCUGUUAAAAAUUGUGUUAACUUGAACGGUCAUUGAUUAAAUGGACAAAAUAUGCUAAAAGCUCACUUUUUCAACUUCAAAGGGAUAGAAAUACGAUACUGUUGUCCUUGAUUUUUGAGGGUUAUUUGAAUUAUACAAUAAUGUAGCGAAUUCAAUUCUGAAGAAAAAAUGUUCAGUUACUUAUUCGUCUAAAACGCACCAAACAGCAAUAUAAAAUCUGUUCAAACAAAUUUUUUUUCAUCUGUUUGUGGGGUGAAUCGGUCCAGGGAUCAACUUGUGAGACUGAGAUUGUAUACUUCUGAUAUCUAUACUCCACUUUCUCUCAAAUUUAAUUCAAUUAAAUUUAUUUUAAUUACUUUAUCAAUACAAAUUAAUUCAUUUUGAUGGAUUGUAGAGCAUAACAUUUAAAUUUCUUUGACAUUGAUGUAUUGAAUGAAUAUAGGUAGCACUUAUAAGUGAGUAGGGUGAAUAAAUAAAAUGCAUACAUUUGAACUAUUUAUGCUUAACAAUUUAUUCCCUUACAAUACAAUUUAGAUUGUAAACACAUUAUUGGAAGAUGCUAAUUCUUCAUCUUCGAUUAAUAUCUUUAAUAAAUAAAUUGCAAAUAAAUGUCAACAAUCAACAAAAAGUAUAUUAUAAAGCGAUGGUACUGUAAGAGACUAGAAUAACUUUUAUAGCUCAAAUGAAAUGCCCAGUUGUGGAUCCAUUUUGAUCCACAGUGUAAAAAUUAAAUCCUGUCAAACUGAGCUGUAGUGAGAAGAAAAACAAGCUUGCGGUAGCCUUCAUUUGUAAAACCUACUCUUUAGUUGAUGGUAUGCUUUAUAUUUUUGUUCUUUCACUUUCAGCCAUCUUGAAAAGAAUAGUCUUUGAUUGAAAUUAAGCUAAUAACGAUCUAUAUUAUUUGAAUAAAAUUUUCGCCAAAUAUAAAUAUCGGUACUAAAACUUUUUCACAUUGGAUUAAAAGUAUUAUUAUUUGAAUACCGUAUGUUAUACGUUAGAAUUCCAAAACCAGGGAGUUGAAUGUUCAAUGUAUUAGCUCUAUCCAUGCAUCCCAUGAGUUUUAUAGUCAGUAUAUUUUUUUAUAAUUGAUUUGGUUUUUAAUAGAAGAUUAGUUGAACAAUUUUUCAUAUUUCAAAUUACUUUUAUCAUAUUUUUAGAUGAGCUAGUUACAUUUUGAUCGAAAAUAAAUACAUGAAUGUAUUGAACAAUACUUAAGAGAAAUUAUUCCAUUAUAUUUUUUUAAUUUAGUAAAAAUUAAAAAUUAUUAUCAACACUAUCAACAACAUACCUUCCAUCUAUUUGAAUUAUCCAAAUUUAUUAUAUUACUGCUCCAUAGUUUAUAAUGGAUUACAGUUGUACCGUAUGUUCACACUCUUUAUCAUGAGUUAGUGAAAAUAAUUAUAUUUUUGUGCAAUGUCGUUAUUACUUCAAAAAUUAAUUUCUUACAUUGAUAUACUGAAAAAGCCUUGAGAGUUAUAUCGCCAUUCAAGAUAAAAAAUUAGUGAACAAGCACUUUGCCUAGAAGAAAGAAUUAGAAUGGAACAUUCUUGAGUAUCGCAUCGCACAUCUCUAUAAAAUAUUGUUUAAACUAAAAUAACUACUACAUGAAUAGAUUUCAGCUGGUUGCUGCAUCAAGGAAAAUAAACUAUAUCAAACUUGGUUACAUUCAAUGAGACCAAUGCUCAAUAUGACUAAGAAUUUUACGGUACCAUUCAAUUGAUACAGAAUUAGUUGAGCUACUAGAAGUACAUACUCUAGUAUGAAUAGACUGAUCGUUUACACUAGUGCAAAUGUUUUUCUUAAUAAGGUGAGAUAAGGAAAUAUAGUUAUUAUGUAAGGAGUAUGAUUUUUAUAAAAAUAGUAAUAACAAGAUAUAGUAUUCAUUGUUAGGUAUAUCAAUAAUACUAUGAUAAUAAUUAUUGUUGUUAUCUACAAAGGGCAAGAGCAGAAAGCAUUUUACAUACAUCAGCCAUUGAUUGAUUUAUCGAAGAUUAUAGCACAAUUCCCAAUCUCAUCUGCAGUCAAGAAAUUCGAGAUGAAUCUUGUCAGGUAGAACAUUGUUUUGAUUUGAUAAUUAGUUUCAUUACAACAGAGGCUUCUGCUUGAGACCAUUACUUAUUCGAGCAUUUCUUAUAGCACAUGGGUGAUUUUUAAACUUUUAAUUCGCAAUCGUUAAAAGUAUCUUCACUUGAAAAUUUAGGUUAUAGGCCUACACACAGCUUAAUAAUACAUACCUUAUUAUAAGCUAUUAGCAGUGAAUGAAAGCUGUAAAACAGAAUUCAUUUCAGGAAGCAUUUACAGCUAUAAUGCAGUUUAGGAUUGACCUUUGAACGGCAUUUUUAAAAUGUGUCUCAGGUCUACUGUGAUUUCUUUCUCUUAAGUAACCAAGAACUUCUCAUUAAAAGAAAACAAGUCAUUAAAAUUAGACUCAAAACAAAGUCUAGAUUAGAGUCAUCAAGGUUACCGUAUUUCAAGGAAAUGGCGAAAUAUGCUUACGCCAAUGAAGUGGAACUAGAGUUGACAUCAAGUAGCCUAUAACAAAUUAAUGGUUUUGAAAAAGUUUUCUCGUAUUGUAUUUAUAAGAUGAGUGGGAAAUCAAAGGACUCCAUGCUCACAUUCAACCUACUCUUUUAAAAAACAGGCUAAUUACUGUAGGUUCCAACUAUGAAAACAAGAUAAUAAAAAUUCUGUAGGAUUGUUAAUCAAAUAUUUAACAAUCAAACGGUUCAGAACAAAUUUUCUUGUGAAGAGAAGCCUAGAAGAAUUUCUGUAAUGCUUAAAUGUAGAUUUAUGUUCAUAUACAGUAGCCUACCGUAUGAAAGACUUCUGCUUGAUUUUAGAAACUUAUUACUUGAAAAUUUAUAUUAGCUUCUCCAUUUCACAAUAGGCUACACUGAAUACCAAGUUGUUGAUAGCAAAGUUGAUUGAUGGUUAUUCCACGACUUUAAUUAUCAUACAAAUUGAACUUUACGGAAUAUGAGAAUGAAUAUUUUUUUUAUCUGACUAGGUUUCAUGGAUCUGAAUAUGCACUCAAUUCUUUUUACAAAAAAUUUAGUGAAUUUUGUAAGCCAAUUCGACAAUCGAAUUUAUCCGAAUUGAAUAUCGAAGAUGAGUGUAAUAAUACUUCAAUUCAGAUUUUUUAUGAAAUAAAAAUAAAAUAUAUUGUCUAUGUUGAGGCAUCAAAAAUACUUGAUUGAGUUUCUGUUCUGUUGAUUAGCGAUUCACUGAGACGAUUAUGAUUCCAACAUAUACUUCAUUUCCUAAAUCUAUUCUCUAUCUAUGAUAUUAAGAACACUUUUACAUAACUUACUUAUUUUCCAGUUCUAAACUGGUUGAUAAUAUUAUUAUUUGACCAUUACUGUAUUGUAAAAAUGCAAUCCUUAACGCUUAUGUAACUUCAAGAUCUUAUCACUAGGUAAGUUCACAAUAGACUGCGUUGAAUUAGUUUUAAAGAUGUAGAAUAUUGUAUCGAAAGAGGUAAUUCAGACAAUAUUGUUUAAUUAUAAUGUAUUCACCUUGAUAACAUGAGCAUGCAUUAAUCAAAUCAAUUCUCAGCUAGUGUUAUUUCUUCAAAAUUUUAGCACCAUUGGAUAUGCUUGAUACCAAUGAUAGAAGAUAAUUUUUCAACAAAUUAGGAAACAAACUUUUCAAGUACAUUGAUGUAUGAUGAAGAGAUUAAUAGGUACCCGAAGAAUAUGAAGUUUGGUUUUGAUUUAUUCCAAUAUGUUAACUUUAGCAAUGGAUUCUCCAAUUUCAUCUUGACUAAACCGAUGGUGAUUAAAAGUUUUCAUAAUUUGAUGAAUUAAUUCCGCCAUUCACCUGUUAUGAAAAUUAUGCGUUACUAAUACAAUAUAUUGUAAUAGAAAUAAUUGAUAUUUACUGGGUCGUAGCUCAAUAGUACUAAUGAAAAUUCUAUCUUAGCCUGGAUAAUAUCGUUGAGACGAAUAUCCAGCAUGCAUUGGAAAUAUUUUUGCUUUUUAAAUAUUGUGUUCUUUAAUCUUGAAAUUAUGCCAUCAGUGAUCAAUAGUCACCAUAGCCCUGCUUGGUCUCAAACCACUAUUCGCAUAAUUAAUGCAUUUGGAAACAACCGAUUUUGUUUAAAUAACUUGAGCUCCCAAGCUUACAACUUUAUGGUAGAAUCAAACAAGAUUUGUAUAUACAUCCAUUUCUUUCUAAACUAAUUUUCAAUAUAAUAUGUUAUUAAAAUGGUCUAGCCAUCCGUAUGUUAAUGACGUAAUUUAGCUUAUCAUUGAAAGUUAAAGCUUUUCCCAUAGAAUAAAAAGGCUAGUUGAGCCAACAUGGAAGAGAAAUAACUGCUUAAAAAAAAUCACAUCAGUAAUAUAAAAUAAUACUAGUUAUCCAAGUAACUAUAAGUAAUAAUGACAGAUUAAAAUAAAAUGAUUCCUAAAUCAAGCAAUUACUCAAAGCAUUAAACAUCUGAAUCAUUAUGAGUAUUGGGGCUUAUUUUAAGGAUGAGUGUAAAGUUUUAGAGCCAAAUAUCGGUGACUCCUAGAAUUAUUUAUCACUAUAAAGUUGCAACGUGAACUUUUAUAAUAAUCUUAUACUUUUAUCAUAUUAACAUCCUAAACAUAGUUGAAAGUUGAUUACGUUUACUCACUAGCCUAGAUGCUAAUUGAUUUGUAUGUUAUUUGGCAGUCCAAAAAUCCCGAACUUCCCAUGGAUUUCGAUCAAACGAUUAAAAUACAACUUCUUCAUAAAUGAUAUCGGUAAAAGUAACUUAGAUUUAUAUGAUUGCCUGCUUUCCUAUUCUCCAGCACCCUUCUAAAUUGACAGAGAAACUGGGUAAUGAAAUCAUCACAAUAUGAUAAAUGUUAA